AUGUCCGAGUGGCGUCUUCGCGACGGCGCAAACCCCGAUCCCGGGGGCGAACGGAUGGACGUUGACUUUCACGUCGACCCGGAUCUGCCCGAGUUCAGAAGCUAUGGCGCCCUGACGUACCAACACGUCGAAUACCUGCAGGUGGCAACGUCCGAUGGUCGCAUUAUUCCAUUGCCCAAGGAUGAACUCGCCGAGUGCUCGAUGUUUUUUCGGACGGUGCUGCAGGGCGACUGGGCCGAGAAAGAAGAGCAGAUCGUCACUCUAACAACCGUGACGGCGGAGGCCCUCUCGAACUGCAUCCAACUCUGCGAGCAGAUGCACGCCGGCGACGCGCAGCUUGACGAUAUGUCCUUGCGGACGUCUUGUAAGCUGCUCGAGACGGCCACCUACUUGAGCAUGGACGAGCUGGUGGAGCGGCUUUCCGAGCUGAUCAUCCGCCAAGUCAGCACCGAGUCCAUCAUUGCCGUCUACCGUUACAUCGAGAGCCGGAACGUGCCGCUGGCCCGCCGCAUCUGGACGAUGAUCUUGAAGGAGUUCCCGACGCUCGUCUUCACCAAGGAGUACACGAAGCUGUCGCGGCCCGAGAUGCAGCGGCUUCUCCUCGAACCGCAGCUGAACAUCGCUCCGACCGAGGAGACGAACGUGGUCGACGGUUGGAUCAAGGCCCAGGAUGCGGCCGAGGGCCACGCUUUCCGCGACUUCUCGUUGGAAAACAUGCGCCAGCGAGCCGAAGACGCGUCUGAGAGCCUCGUCUUCAUGCCCCGCGUCCCGCGCAGCGUGCUGCUCUCCCUGGGCGGAUGGGCGUCGGCCGGCCCGACGAACAUGAUCGAGACGUGGAACGAGCGGUCGAAACAGUGGAUCCCGGCCCCGGUGCGCUUCUUCGAACGCCACCGCGCCUACCACGCGAUGGUGCUCGUCGACAAGCAAAUCUACGUGAUGGGCGGCUUCGACGGCGCCGACUACUUUCCCCACACGCGCGCCUUCAACCUGGACACCUUGGAAUGGGACUCCCUGGCGGCAAUGCACGAACACCGGUGCUACGUCAGCGCGGUCAACUACGGCGACGGGCGCGUCUUCGUGGCGGGCGGCUUCAACGGCAGCACUCGACUCCGCAGCGCCGAGGUGUUUGACAUCGAGGCGAACCAGUGGAGCCGCGUCGCGUCGAUGCACCGGGCCAGAUCCGACUCGUCGGUGGCGCGCGUCGGCUCGGAGGGCCGCGUGAUGUGCGUCGGCGGCUUCGACGGGGCGCAGAUCCACGACACCGUCGAGCUGUACGACCCGCAGCAGGAUACUUGGCAAGAACUCCCCCGGCGAAUGAACUCGAUGCGGACGGGCGUCGGCGCCGUGUCGAUCGGUGAGAACGUGGUCGCCGUGAUGGGAGGCUAUAACGGCACGAACCGGCUGCGCACCUUCGAAUUCUAUGAUGCGCGCGAGGGGCUGUGGCACCGCGGCCCCGACAUGAACACGACGAGGUCAAACUUUGCCGUUCAAGAAUUCGGGGACCGCGUCGACGAGCCGGGCCUCGUCGUCUGCGGCGGAUUCGACGGGAACCGCACGACCAACAAGUGCGAGCGCUACGACUUUGCCGCCGGUCGCUGGUCAGAAUUGCCGCCGAUGACCCUCGCCAAGUCGGCCCUGCGCGUUGUGCAGCUUCGGGAUCACCCAUUGAUCGAGACGCUGGUGCAGUACGACGAGCGGAUGUCCAUCUCC